AUGUCACAAACAACCGCGAUCCUGCAGGGUGUUAACAUCCUGGGCACGGUUAGCCAAGAACACAAGAAGAUUCUGACACCAGAUGCCCUUGCCUUUCUUGCUCUGCUCCACCGCUCAUUCAACAACACACGAAAGCAACUAUUAGAGCGCCGCAAGAUCCGCCAAGCCGAGUUGGACAAGGGCGUUUUGCCAGACUUCCUACCAGAGACCAAGCACAUCCGUGAGAAUGCCACAUGGAAAGGUGCACCGCCGGCUCCAGGUCUUGUUGACCGCAGAGUGGAGAUCACCGGCCCGACGGACCGGAAAAUGGUCGUCAACGCCUUGAACUCGAACGUAUGGACAUACAUGGCUGACUUUGAAGAUUCAAGCGCACCAACGUGGGAUAACAUGAUCAAUGGUCAGGUGAACCUGUACGACGCCGUGCGGCGUCAGCUGCAGUUCAAGCAAGGAGAAAAGGAAUACAAGAUUCGUACCGACCGCGUCUUACCGACGCUUAUCGUGCGGCCUCGUGGCUGGCACCUUGAGGAGAAGCAUGUGACCGUUGACGGCGAGCCGAUUUCUGGCUCGCUCUUCGACUUUGGCCUCUAUUUCUUCCACAACGCUCGCGAGAGUGUAAAGCAAGGCUUCGGCCCAUAUUUCUACCUUCCCAAGAUGGAGUCCCAUCUCGAAGCCCGCCUGUGGAAUGACGCCUUCAAUCUCGCUCAGGACUACAUUGGCAUUAGCCGAGGUACGAUCAGAGGCACAGUCUUGAUUGAAACAAUCCUGGCCGCUUUCGAGAUGGACGAGAUCAUCUACGAGUUGAGGGAUCACAGCUCAGGUCUGAACUGUGGCCGCUGGGACUACAUCUUCAGUGUUAUCAAGAAGUUCCGCCAGAACAGCAACUUCGUGUUACCAGACAGGAGCUCUGUGACUAUGACGGUUCCUUUCAUGGAUGCUUAUGUCAAACUCUUGAUUCAGACAUGUCACAAGCGUGGCGUUCACGCUAUGGGUGGUAUGGCUGCCCAGAUUCCCAUCAAGGAUGACAAGGAAGCCAAUGACAAGGCCAUGGAUGGCGUGCGUGCUGAUAAGCUGCGCGAAGUUCGUGCUGGCCACGACGGCACCUGGGUUGCUCACCCCGCACUGGCCGCCAUCGCAUCAGAGAUCUUCAACAAGCACAUGCCGACACCUAACCAGCUCUUCGUGCGCCGCGAGGAUGUCAGCAUCGGCCAGAACGAUCUGCUCAAUAUGAAUGUGCCUGGCAAGGUCACUGAAGAGGGCAUUCGCAAGAACCUGAACAUCGGCCUCGGAUACAUGGAGGCUUGGAUUCGUGGCGUUGGAUGUGUACCCAUCAACUACCUCAUGGAGGACGCUGCCACUGCCGAAGUAUCUCGUUCACAGCUCUGGCAAUGGGUGCGCCAUGGUGUCACCACCGCCGAGGGUAAGAAGGUGGACAAGCAGUAUGCACUUAAGCUGCUCAAGGAGCAAACCAAUGAGUUGGCUUCAAAGGGGCCUAAGGGAAACAAGUUCGGCUUGGCGGCUCAGUACUUCAGUGGACAGGUUACUGGUGAGGAUUAUGCAGACUUCUUGACAACGCUGUUGUACAAUGAGAUUACGGCCGUGGGCGUGGCUAGUCCUGCUAGCAAAUUGUAG